ACAAGAAAGUGUUAAACGUUCUAGGAAUAGCCGGAAACGGAAAUCGAAAACAAUAACAAACAAUCUGAGAAACUUAUUAUUUUUAUGUUUGUGCUCUUGGCAUAAUGAACCAAUAAUUUGCUCUGUUUGAAUGAUUCUUAAUAUGUGAUUUUGUUUCCUGACUGAUGCUAACAUUCGUUGAAUAAAGGAUUUCUAGGUGUGAUUUCCGUAACGGUACGGCAAUAUUCCUGAUUACUAAGGGAGUCAAUAAAAUUUUGAGUUAAUCCCUUGCAUUUCGCCAUGCUGAAACCAAGAAAGUUUGAAUUAUGUUUAUUCCUGUAUAAAAAUGUUUAAUUUUAAAGUAAUUUUUUAAAAAAAUUUUUUUUAUAUUUUCUAUCAAUCGAGCAAAAAUACGUUCAUACAGAACACUACUCUAUGCGGAGUAACAAAGAGAGUGCAAUCAAAUUUUAUCAUAGAGAGAAAUUAAAAAAAUAUAUAUAUAUCUUCACUGAAAUAAAGUUGGGAUAAAAUUUCAACAUGUGUGAUAAAACUUUCUCAUCGAAAUCUCAGUUAACGGUACACUGUGGUGCUCAUACUCAAGAGAAACCUUAUUCAUGCAGUGUGUGUAAAAAAUCUUUCACACAAAGAUCUUCUUUAAAAAAACAUUCUCUUGCUUAUACUAGACAGAAACCGUAUACAUGCAGUGUGUGUCACAAAUCUUUCACACAUAAAUGUUAUUUAAAUCAACACUCUCUUGUUCAUACUGGAGAGAAACUUUAUUCAUGUAGUGUGUGUGAUCAGUCAUUCACUCAUAAAUCUAGUUUAUAUAGGCAUGCCCUUGUUCAUACUAGAGAGAAGCCUUAUUCAUGCAGUGAGUGUGAUAAAACUUUCUCAUUGAAAUCUCAGUUAAAGACGCACUCUGUUGUUCAUACUGGGGAGAAGCCUUAUUCAUGCAGUGUGUGCAAUAAAAAUUUCUCGCAUAUAUCUUCAUUAAAGAAACACUCUUUUGUUCAUACUGGACAGAAACCCUAUUCAUGCAGUGUGUGUAAUCAAUCUUUUACACAGAAAAGUAAUUUAAAUCAACACUCUCUUGUUCAUACUGGAGAGAAACUUUAUUCGUGUAGUGUGUGUAAUCUGUCAUUCACACAUAAAUAUAGCUUGUAUAGACAUUCCCUAGUUCAUACUGGUGAGAAACCUUAUUCAUGCAGUGUGUGCAAUAAAACUUUCUCAUUGAAGUCUUAUUUAAAGAUACACUGUGUUAUUCAUACUGGAGAGAAACCCUAUUCGUGCAGUGUGUGCAAUAAAUUUUUCAGGCAUAAAUCUUCAUUAAAAAACCAUUCUCUUGUUCACACUGGGCAGAAACCCUAUUCAUGUAGUGUGUGUAAUCAAUCUUUUGCACAGAAAUAUAACUUAAAUCAACACUCUCUUCUUCAUAUUGGAGAAAAACUUCAUUCAUGUAGUGUGUGUGAUCAAUCGUUUACACAGCAACCAAGUUUAUCUAGACAUUUCCUUGUUCAUACAGGAGAGAAAACCUUAUUCAUGCAGCAUUUGCGAUAAAACUUUCUCAUUCAAAUUUCAGUUAAAGAUACACUCUGUUGUUCAUACUCGAGAGAAACCUUAUUCAUGCUGUGUUUGCGAUAAAAUAUUUGAGCAUUGAAAUUUCAGUUAAAGAUACACUCUGUUGUUCAUACUUGGAGAAACUUUAUUCAUGCUGCCUGUGCGUAAUAAAUCUUUCUCGCAUAAAUUUAGUUUAAAGAAACAAUCUUAUUAAUAUUGGAGAGAAAGCGUAUUCAUGCAGUUUCUGAAAUAAAUUCUUCACACAGAAAUUUAAUUUAUCUAAACAUUCUCAACAAGUUCAUUUGGGAAAGAAAACUUAUUCAUUCACUGUGUGUGAUCAGUCUUUCGCACAGAAAUAUAAUUUAAAUAAACAAUAUUUUCUUCAUUUUGAGAAAAACUUUAGUCUUGUGUGAUACUUCUUUCUGAUUCAAAUAUAUAGUUGAAUAAACAUUCUGUUGUUCUGACAUAUUGGAGAUUAUACUUAUAUGUGCAGCUUCUCAUUAAAAUUUCAGUAUAUGAUACACUGAUAUUCUUACUUAGAGAAACCUUAUUCAUACAGUUUGUGUAAUAAAUCUUUCUCACGUAAAUCUUA